AUGAGUAAGGUAGCAAAUAGCAAUGAUAAUAAAAUACGCAUUCUUUUUUGUGGAAAUAUAAAUGUUGGUAAGUCAUGUAUAAUUUAAAGGUUAAUUACCAAUAAUUUUAUAGAAAACUACACUCCUACAGUUGGAGUUGACUUUAGAUCAAUAUAUUAUUAAAUUAAUUAAACAAAGGUCUAAGUCAAUCUAUUAGAUAUUCCUGGAUAGGAUAGAUAUAAUGCAUUAACACUGUCUUAAAUAAGAAAUGUAGAUGGAGUUGUCUUUGUCUAUGAUAUUUCUGACAUGGAUUCUUUCACAGAUAUUAUAAAUUGGUAAUAAAAAAUUUAAAGUGCAGCUCAUGAAAAUACUUUUUAAACUCUUCUUGGAAAUAAAUGUGAUUUAUUAGAUAGAUAGGUGCCUUUCAAUAAAGGAUUAGAAUUUGCAGAGUCUAAAAGUAUGAAUUUCUUUGAGACCUCAGCUAAAAAUGGUAAAGAUGUAGUAAAUUCAGUUCAGAGUUUAGCUCAAAAAAUAUUUUGUGAAAGGUUGAUGAAUUAAAAUUAAUAAAAAAAUGAUGAGAAUGGCACAGUUAAGCUUUAAAAAUCGAAACUAACCUUUCUAAAUUUUUUUAAGGGUGCUUAUAAUUACUAUUGUUGA